GUGCCUUCUCCAGCCGUCUCCUCAGCGCCCCAGUCUCCUUCUGCCCGCGCAGCCCCCGCCUCCUCUCUUACCCCGACGCCAGGAUCAUGAAGGUCGCCAGUGGCAACGCCGCGGCUGCCGCGGGCCCCAGCUGCGCCCUGAAGGCCGGCAAGGCGGCGGGCGAGGUGGUGCGCUGCCUGUCCGAGCAGAGCGUGGCCAUCUCCCGCUGCGCCGGCGGCCCCGGCGCGCGCCUGCCCGCCCUGCUGGACGAGCAGCAGGUCAACGUGCUGCUGUACGACAUGAACGGCUGCUACUCGCGCCUCAAGGAGCUGGUGCCCACCCUGCCCCAGAACCGCAAGGUGAGCAGGGUGGAGAUCCUCCAGCACGUCAUCGACUACAUCUGGGACCUGGAGUUAGAGCUGAACUCGGAAUCUCAAGGCGGGACCCCCGGGGCCCGGGGGCUGCCCGCUCGGGCUCCGCUCAGCACCCUCAACGGCGAGAUCAGCGCCCUGGCUGCCGAGGCGGCGUGUGUCCCGGCGGACGACCGCAUCUUGUGUCGCUGAAGCGCGUGCUGCAGACCCCGCCGACCCCAGCCCUCCAGGGGGCGAGAGGAAUGAGCGCUCCGGCCCUCCCGAGCGCCUGCCGCAGCUGGGCAGGAGCAAGACGGAUCGCCAUCAGCGGCCUUCGGGCUCCUGUGGAUCCAGCCCAGGGAUGGGGGACGGACAGGACGGGCCGACCUUCCCUCCACACCCAUCAGCCACCAGAGACUUGGGGGAGUUUCCCCCCGUGUGUUUCUAUUUUUUGAAAAGCAGACAUUUUAAAAAAUGGUCACGUUUGGUGCUUCUCAGAUUUCUGAGGAAAUUAUUGCUUUGUAUUGUAUAUUACAAUGAUCACCGACUGAGAAUAUUGUUUUACAAUAGUUCUGUGGGUUUUUUUUUUUUUUUCUGUUGUUAUUAAACAAAUACUUUAGAUGAUGA